AUGGUACCGGACAGCGUCGCAAUCGGGCACUUCCUCCAAGCAUGUGCGGAUCUUUCUGGUCCCAGGUCGCCGGCUUUAGAUAUGAUAUCCUACGGUGAUGACGACUGUAAACGCCUGGUCCUAAAGUACGGAUUGCCACACCGAUUCAACGUACCUCCCUCCGUGCUUCUCCUCGCUGCCGCCGCUCUCGCAUACCAGGGAACUGCUCGUGCCCUCCUCCUCCGAUACGAGAUUGACGUCGACGCGACUGUCCACAAAAAUGGAAGCAACGCAGUCAUGCUCGCUGCCCGCUACGGCCAUGACUCUACCAUUCGACUUCUGAUACCGCACAUAACUCAUCCCAUCGAGUCCUUCCGCACUGCAAAUGGCCGCUCCGCUCAAUCCUACACCUCGCUGUUCAAAGCAAAAGCCUGA